CUUGCAGCCGGAUAAUGUCUUGACGGGCCUAAACAUAGGUUUUAGAAGCGAGACUGGAGUGAACAUUCUACCCUUUCAGAUAGGCAGACGGCCAGCAACUGCUCGCUGUAGUACACAUCUGGUAUCCGCACGCUGUAUUGCCCCCUUUCUCGGAACACAGACGAGGACUACAUGUAGUACGCUGCGCCCGGAUAAGAUCCUCACGAACCACCAUGGAGAGCUCAACGCCGACCACGAUGCGAGCUUGGCAGUAUACAGAUAUCUAUGCCACAGACGGCCUUGAGAAGCAUCUCAACCUGAACACAGUAUCCCUACCAGAGCCGAAGCCUAACCAGCACCUCGUGAAGGUGCUAUAUGUGUGUCUCAACCCAGUAGAUUACAAAGCGGCGGAAGUCCCAUUCAUGUCGCGGUUCUUCAUCCCGAAACCAGCAACACCGGGUCUGGAUUGGGCCGGGCGUAUUGUGAAGCCAGCUGCAGGCUCUACAUUUAAGGCUGGCGACCUGGUCUUUGGCGUUUCCGCCACAAGCCCCUUCGUUGGGGGCAUGCUCCGGGAGUAUGCAACCGCCGAACUCAAUGGCACAGUAGCUGCACCGGAGGGAGUCAGUGCCAGAGACCUAGCGACGUUGGGCGUGGCUAGCAUAACAUCAAGCCAGUCAAUCCUUCCCUACGUCAAGUCCGGGGAUCGUAUCUUCAUCAACGGCGGCUCCGGGGGCGUGGGCACGUUAGGAAUUCAGCUCGCCAAGCAGGCCGGUUGCCAUGUGACGACCACUUGCUCUACGCCCAAUGUUGAGCUGUGCAAGAGUCUUGGGGCGGACGUUGUGAUUGAUUACACGACACAGGAUGUCCUAGAGCAGCUCAAAGCCGGAGGGCAGCAGUACUCGCAUAUUGUUGAUAACGUCCGCUCGGACUGGAAUCUGUAUUGGAGGUCUGCUGAAUACACCAAGCCUGGUGCGAAGUUUGUUUUUAUUGGCGACACACCCACUCCAAGCUUAAUUUGGAACGUGGCCAUGGCGAACCUUCUUCCCGGAUUUCUAGGCGGAGCUGGCCGAACGUUCGUGAUGGUCUUCGCACAAGUGGCGAACGCCGAUCUGGAAAGGGUGGCGAUGUCAGUAAGGGCUGGCACCAUACAGCCUGUAAUAGAUUCCGAGUUCGCGUUCGAAGAAAUUGAGAAAGCCAUAAAAAGGCAAAAGACCGGCAGGGCGAGGGGCAAGAUCCUCAUCAAUGUUGCGACAGAAACGUGAACGAAGAGGCUCGGUCAGAUCGACAGUGGAGGA